AAAUGUAUCACGCUGUUCAUGAAAAUAUCAUGUGGUUGUUUUUUCAUGGUCACACACUGUGUGUGAGCCAGAGGGAUGCUCGCUGAUGCUACAUAAUGGAUAAGGCAGGGGCCACUCACAGGACUGGGACCUCAACAGGAUCAAAAUAUAUUCUUCACUUGGACCCCAGUUAAGUAGCCCUCUGAAGAUGUAAAUGCCAGCAGAACAGAUGGAUGGAGAGAACAUCUCAUCACUCUGACACCAUGUUUAUGCAAUCACACACCAACACGCUCCUCCAUGUGCACGCACGCACACAUACGCGCUCUGGAGCAAGAUGCUGAUGGAGAUUUCUUCAGUCAUCAAAUGACCCUGCUGGAUACCAGGACAGUACCAGGAGAGCUGAAAUGGGCAGCCAGUCCUUCAGAGGGAGGGUGGGAAGAGGUGAGUAUAAUGGAUGAGAAAAACAUCCCCAUCAGAACCUACCAGGUGUGUAAUGUCUUAGAACCCAAUCAAAACAACUGGUUGAGGACAGACUGGAUCCCUCGAUCUGGCGCUCAGCGGGUCUACGUCGAAGUCAAGUUUACCCUGAGAGACUGCAACAGCCUGCCAGGGGUCACCGGCACAUGCAAGGAGACAUUCAAUCUGUACUAUCACGAGUCAAAUGAAGACAGAGAGAGCUACAUCAAAGAGAGCAGCUUCAUAAAGGUGGACACUGUGGCAGCAGACGAGAGCUUCACCCAGGUGGACGUGGGUGACCGCAUCAUGAAACUCAACACUGAGGUGCGAGACGUCAAGGUCACAACCCGGAAAGGUUUCUACCUGGCCUUUCAGGAUGUUGGCGCCUGCAUCGCUUUGGUUUCCGUCAGAGUUUUCUACAAAACCUGCCCGCUAACCAUCCAUAACCUGGCAACGUUUCCUGACACUGUAACUGGGGCCGACACUUCUUCCCUAGUGGAGGUCAGGGGGUCUUGUGUCAACCAAUCAGAAGAGAGAGAGGAGCCUAAAAUGUACUGUGGUGCUGACGGGGAAUGGUUGGUUCCUAUUGGUGGAUGUCUCUGCAACCCAGGGUAUCAAGAGAAGGGCGGCGCAUGUAAAGCCUGUACCGCUGGCUUUUACAAGGCCAAGUCUUCAGAUGCAGGAUGCUCCAAGUGUCCUCCACAUAGCUACUCGCUCAGAGACGGCGCGACUGUCUGUGACUGCCACUCUGGAUUCUUCCGUGCUGACAGCGACCCUCCCUCCAUGAGCUGCACCCAGCCGCCGUCAGCCCCACAGCAGCUCAUCUCUGUGGUUAACGAGACCUCGGUGGUCCUGGAGUGGGCCCCCCCUCGCCGGCUGGGAGGACGAAGUGACACCAGCUACAGUCUCGAGUGUCUCAUCUGUCAAACAGGAAGCCACAGUCAGUCUGGCAGUAAAGCUCUUCCCAGGAAUCACAGCAUCUCCCAGCCUGAGGCUCAGCACAGUGGCCUGGGGAUGCAGUCAGACCAGGGGAUUGUGGGAUCUGAAGUCCAGUCAGGGAGAGGAGUCUACCAGAGCAGACCAGUACCUGGAGAUUACCCGAGACUCAGUUCAGGUUCUGUCUCCAGCUCUCAGCUCUGCCUGCCUUGUGGCUCAGACGUGCUCUUCUCUCCCGACCAGACCGGACUGAGGACCACCAGGGUGGUUGUGAGCGAGCUCAGGGCCCACACGCACUACACGUUCAUCGUCCACGCACGCAAUGGGGUCUCCCAGGCCAGCGGAGCAGGGGCAGCUCAGAGUGCGUCUGUCACCAUCACCACCAACCAAGCUGGUGAGCAGAAGUGUUUGAGAGUGAGAAAUGUGUUUGUCAGAUUGUUGUAG